GGAUGGGUCCAGACGAAAGGGUCGGUCGGAGUCGCCGCGGCAGACUCGACCCGCCGGUGACUCAGAUGCAGUUUAAGGCCGCUGAAGAUGAGGAACCCGACGGGGGUUUUCGCUGUGAUUCUCUCUUUGCUGUGCCGAGCGUGGACUCAGGACUCAGUGGUCUACUUGUCCUUCAACGUGGGCAGCGAAGUCGAGCUGAACUGCGGCAACGCGUCAUGGUCAAAGGUGAUGUACAUCAUCUGGAAGAUGGACCUGGUGGGGCAGAAACCCUGCAAGGUGGGCAGAAGCAGCCAGGUCCCGGGCACACCCGCGGACAUCUGCGCAAACGGCAAGGCCCUGCGGAACGCCUCGGAGGACCGCUACUACCUGCACGUCCCCAACUUCUCCGAGCGCGACGUGGGCUUGUACAAGUGCGAGGUGGUUUUCCAAGGAGGAAGCCGGACUUGCAACAUCAGCGUGUCAAUCACAGUUCCUCCCCGGAUCUCCUCCUGGUUGGAACGGAGGGACGACGACAGCACGGUGGCCGUGUGCAAGGCCGAGGGAGGGAAGCCGGCCGCCGCCGUCGCGUGGCGCCACGCCGGGAACUCGUCUUCCGUGGAGACGCGCCGGAGCGCCGGCGGCUUCUUCUCGGUGGAAAGCAACCUAAAACUACCCGAGGGCGCCGGGAACGCCGGAAACUUGACGUGCGUCGUCAAGCAUCCGUUCUGGCAAGGGGAGAAGACGUUGGUGCCGAAGUUCCGAAAAGGUUUUCCGUACACCACGGUGUUGAUUCUUAUAAUUUUCACAGUCCUCGUGGUAUUCGGCACAUUAUUCCUUCUACGUAAGAAGAAAAUCAUGCUCAGCUGCCCGCUGGCCGACUCCUCUCCAUCUGUAUCGGAGCCUAAAGAGGAGGUAGAGGAAGUGGAGCCCUACGCCAGCUACGUGCAACGUGUCAACUCCAUCUAUGACUCUUGAAGUGAAGAAAAACAAACAAACAAAGACAAAAAGCAACACUUGGGCUUCUCUCAACUAAGCCCAACACUCUUGUGCUAUGUUAACAACUAGAAAUGCAGUUGGGAAAACAAACCACUUAGGGAAAAGCA